AUGAACAGAAUCCGCGCCGUGAGCUUGAUCGUCCAGUUCGACUACGUCAACUUGUCAGCAGAAGCCUUGGGCAUAAUUCGGGGUUGGGCGCACCUAUGGAGGGGAUAUUCUGAACGGCCUGUUGGUGGAAGGGCAUGCAAGCUGUCGACGGACUUCCGGGCGCUCGGCGAGUUGAACAUUGUUGUCGACACUGGCCGCCGUUGGCGAUCGCAGGACUAUGAAGGAAGCACCAACAACGCUGGUGUUGACGGCUGGAGCUUGGGAACUAUCGGCAUAUCAUCGCAGGGUACUGAGAAUAUUGAUCUGGAGUUUCUGGGGAUGCUCUGGGAUGGUUUCGGGUUGCGAAUGGCCAAUGUCAAACGGAGAAACUGA